GUUGGACCAGUGAUGGGUGAUGAUGGGUGACUCAAAGGAGCCAAAAGCCUGUGGCCUUUACAGUACCUCUGUGUAGACAUCUGAAACUGUAUCCAGAAGCUGAUGUUGGGAUGGCUUCUCCUUGGACAUGCGGUCAAAUCUAGAGGGACUUUCAGACACCCAGAUCCAUCUCUCAGGGUGGUCCUUUGAGGCUUCUAGUUUCACGUGGAGGUCUGCUGAGCUGAGACUGGGUAGACAUGGCCAAAAGGGAUUACCUACUGGAUGCGGCCCGGCAAAUUCGUAUGGCACUGGACCGAGAGGUCAGUGAGGACUAUGAGGCUGCAUUCAACUACUACAAGAAGGGAGUUGAUUUGCUGCUAAAUGGAAUACAAGUAGACCCAAAUAAGGAACAGCGUGAGGCAGUGAAGCGUAAAACCACGCAGUAUCUGAAGAGAGCUGAAGAGAUCUUCAUCUCCCACCUGCAAAACAACUAUCAGAAGGGAGGAUCUCAGAUGGAGCAGGGUUACAGCAGCCUAAGGUUCCGACCAAUCAGACACCUGAACUCACCGGUGGAAGAUCUAAAGAUGUAUAAAGUUGUUGGCAUCAUUGACAAGGUUCUGACUGUUCAGAGUCUGGUUUGCAAGGAUACAUUUGUGAUAAAGAGCCUUCCCAAAUCGAGUGGAAAUUGCCGUGAUAGGCCUACUAUCAUCCCUCAGAAUGUUCCAUGUAUGGUGAAACUUCUGAGGUAUUACGUAAGUGAGGAUGCAGUCUAUCUGCACCUGGACCAUGUGAAAGGAGGUAAACUAUUUUCUAAACUGCACAAACUCAGGGGACAGACAGCGAAGGAGCAUCCUGAGUGCUGUAGUCAGCACAAGAUCGGACUGAAAAACAGCUACACAUCACCAGCUAUCAGUACGGAAUAUGGUCAAGAUGAUGGUCAGAAGGUCGGGAGAACCCAACCCACAGAGGGAGGACCUGCGGUCACGACCUCGCCAGCGUCCUGGUAUGAGGCUCAGCAACGACUGGAGAACUGCCAAACCCACUCCUACAGUGAGGAGACAGGCUGCUUGCAGCUUUCCAAGUUGGAGAAACUGGAUGCGAAGUUGAACCGGGAGUUGUCAUUGCAUGCAAAGACACCACGUGAGCUUUCAACAUCCUCAUCUGAAAAAAAUCAUAGUUUCACCAUGCAUCUCAGUACCCACUCAGAUCAACAACGAUCACCAAGUAUACAUUCAGAACCUCCCAUAAAUGACACUGGACCUGACAAACCCAUGUACAGCUCAGAACUUGGUAUCGCCUGUAACUCUUCUGAUCCAUUGCACAAGUGUGGGGCUUGUAUGACGCCACUACACUCUGGAAGUAAUUAUGCAGUGGAUAAUGUUCAGACAUCUUUGGAACACCCUCUUUCAACAGCUCAGAGGCAGACGUCAAAUGACGAGGUGGGAACGACUGCUGCUAUUGAACCUGCCUCUUUCUCCAGGGAAAUGGACUCAGAGACAAAAGGCGAAGCCAUUAAUCCAAGGUGCAAUAAAACAUCAUCCUCAGGAAAUGUUUGCUCUCAAAUUGUGUUGAGUAGCGAUGAUUUCAGUAUGCAGCACUUGGCUGACCCUGCUGUUAGGGUAUCAGGAGAAGUAUCCGAGGAGAGGCUUCAAAAGCAAAAGGAGGAGAGAAAGGGAGAUCUGGGUUCAGUUGACGGAGAGAAACUUCAGAAAGCAGCACAUGAAAGUGGCCUAGGUUCUCCAUCUUCUAGCCUCACCAGGGACACCCAUUCUCCAAAUGAAAUGGAAGACCUUGAAAUUGAGGUGGAUGGCUGGUUCCAUGUACCUCAGUUCAAGAAGCAGGUCCCCAGAAUGAAGUCCCCCCAUGGACACUGGGGUCUACCUGAGGCUGAGGUGUGUACAUGGGGAGCCCAGAUCCUUGUGGCGCUGGAGAGCCUUCACGAACAGGGUAUCAUCUGCUGCGACCUCAACCCAAACAAUAUCCUUCUCAGUACUCAUAGUAAGGUCUGCCUGACUUACUUUGGCCAAUGGAGUGAGGUGCAGCCAGUGAUCUGUCCAAAGGCAAUGGAACAAAUGUACUGCGCUCCAGAGAUAGGUGGGAUGGCUAAGAUCACAGAGGCAUGUGAUUGGUGGAGUUUGGGGGCCUUGCUCUUCGAACUUCUUACUGGGAUGCCGCUGUGGCAGUGUCACCCCACAGGAGUGGACUCACACACCCAGCUCCUCGUCCCAGACCACCUAAGUACGGCGGCAGCCUCACUGCUCACGGAGCUCCUUCAGUUUGAUGCUGGCUAUCGUUUGGGCUCUGGUGGUGGUGGUGUGAGCGACAUCAAGUGCCAUCCUUUCUUCCACUCAGUGGUGUGGCCCAGUUUGGACAGUUAAUGGUGAUCCCCCAAGAUAAACAUCUUGGGCUCUUUUGGAUCAUUAGCACCCUCAGAAGAAUUAUUCAUAUCAACUUCAAGCUCCUCAGGAGUAGAACCUAACCAGGGCCACGUUUGAACUUUUUCCAAGCUGGGUGAUGUCCCUGGACCUGGGGUAGUGAUUGUGGUGGUCAUUGAGUGUGCUUAGGUGAAAGGGUCUACUGCUAAUAGGUGAAGGGAAAAAAUUAUAUACAAGUGUGGCCAAAUUUGUUGAUACCCUCCACAAAAAAAAGAAAAGCCCUCAAUAUUUAUCUGAAAUAAUUUGAAACUGCUAACAGUAGUGGACUAUAAGCCAGCAUGUUUAUUUCCAGCGGAGCGUAAGUAAGGGCAUUUUCUGUUAUGUUCUGCUCAUUUCGUGUUCACUCUGACUCCAAAUAUCUUGUUCAUGCCCAACAGGGCAACUCUUUAUUCAACUUUGACACACGCAUAAAUCCUUCAGCAUUUAGCAUGCUUAGUCACUAGGUGCAACAUCCAACAGGGUCCACAGGAAUGCUAAAACAAUAGCCGUUACAUCACAUUUUCUUCUUCCGUGAACAUAGAGCUGAUGAUGAAGCUCUGGUUUCAUCUCAUGAGUCCAAAACACUGAUACAUUUUAGCCAGUUUCAGUCUGGGUUUUUAAUGUGCUUCUUUCAGCAGUGCAGCCAUGUCUAGGUUGAAUGCAAGUGUAGUCACAGGGACAUCAAGUCACUUGGAGAUGGUCUGAUAGCCUUUAUACCUUUAACAUGUGUGUCUGUAGUUUUCCCUCUGAUCCCCUAAGACAACUAUCUCAUGAGCUCUCCCCGCUCAAUGCUCAUUAUGGUGCACACAAUGAUACCAAACUGAGUGGCUACUUUUCUCCAUUUAAAUAGGCUGAGUGACUAAGUACUACACCAAAUUAAAAAUAAAAUAAAAACAGAAUGUAAUGAUCUGCAAAUCUCUUGAAAUAGUCAACAUUUUCAUUUUCAACAUGUGAUAUGUCUAUGUCCUUUUUGCUGCUAAAUAUGGGUUUACGAGACUUAUAUUAUCACAUUCUGUUUUUAUUUGCAUUUUACACAACAUCCCAACUUUUCCUGAUUUGGAGUGUGAUCGAAUACAUGAUAAAAUAGUUUUUAAAUGUCCUCUUUGCACAAGGCAAACCAUUCUUUUAACUGAGUUAGGUUCCAAAAAAUGUGGCCAUGAUUGUACCACUGCUUUCUAACAGUUUCUUGUAAUCCACAGCUUGCAUCCAAACUUGUGUUUUCAAAGUCAGACUUUUCUUAAACUUUUUCUUAUUAUUUCUUAAACAAUAUGGAUUUAAUUGGUCAACACAUUGGAAGAACUUGGAGCCAAGAUGAGAUAAUGAUAUUGAUUGUUAAUGGAAACCAUAUGCAUGUGCAAUGCAUCUUAAAAAAUCUCUUUGUAUCCCCUUAUUUAAACAAGGAAACCUCUCUGAGAACUAAGUUAUCCUUUUUAAGACUUGAAGAAUAGACUAUUUUUUUAAGAAAGUGUAAGAAAUAAAGAGUAAAGAAAAAAAACUGACAUUACAGUAAUAUGUCACAUCUGUAACAGUAACAUGUAUUGCCCUGUGAACAAAUUAAAAAAAUGUGCAACAUCCAUCUUAUUUGUUUUCAAGUAGCAGGGAAUUCAAGCCAAACCGUUGCAACUCUGCCAUCAAUCAUUAUGUUAA